AGCCCGCCAUUUCCGACCCGUUCGAGGCUAGCGCUUAUAAGCGUCAUCAUGCUGCUAGCGAGCGUUUCAUCCUUCACUCACUCCGUCGCUCGCGUUCGCUCCGCCUCGCAAAUCCCUCGCUUAUCUGCCGAAACCCUUUCCAAAUCCUUCUCCUGCCCCCUCUGGUCCUCAUCCUUUACCUUCUGCCUUCACCGACCGCUCAAGUCCACCACUUCUCUUGUCGCUCGUGGUUUCUGCGCCGUCCCUUCGUCAACGAUGGCUUCUUCGGCUGCGGAGAGCUUCGACUCGAACCCGCUUCUUAGCGACUUCGAUUUCCCGCCUUUCGACGUUGUCGAGGCGAAGCACGUCCAACCAGGAAUCCGGGAGCUGUUGAGGAGACUCGAGGGCGAUCUGGUGGAACUGGAGAGGAGUGUGGAGCCCACAUGGCCCAAGCUGGUGGAGCCGCUGGAGAGGAUUGUGGAUAGGCUGCAGGUUGUGUGGGGGAUCGUGAAUCAUCUUAAGGCGGUGAAGGAUUCGUCGGAGCUUCGAUCUGCUAUUGACGCUGUGCAGCCUGAUAAGGUCAAGUUUCAACUCAGAUUAGGACAAAGUAAACCUAUAUAUAACGCAUUUAAGGCGAUUCAAGAUUCAGCAUCAUGGUCAUCUCUUUCUGCUGCUCAUAAACGAAUUGUAGAAGGGCAAGUCAAGGAAGCUGUUCUAAAUGGUGUUGCUCUUGAAGAUGAACAACGGGAGAAAUUCAAUGAAAUUGAGCAGGAACUUGAGAAGUUAUCUCAAAAAUUUAAUGAAAAUGUUUUGGACGCUACCAAGAAGUUCGAAAAGUUAAUCACAGAUAAAAAGGAACUUGAAGGGUUGCCUGCUACAGCUCUUGGUCUAUUUGCACAGACAGCCAUAUCCAAGGGUCAUGAAAAUGCUUCUGAAGAAAGUGGACCUUGGAUUAUAACAUUAGAUUAUCCAAGCUUUUCUGCUGUAAUGCAACAUGCUCAAAUCCGAACAUUGCGUGAAGAAGUAUAUCGUUCUUAUAUUGCUCGUGCAUCUGAUGGAGAUUUGGAUAAUACUCCGAUUAUUGAUCAAAUUUUGAAGCUAAGGUCGGAGAAAGCUAAGCUACUUGGAUAUAAUAACUUUGCUGAGGUAAGCAUGUCAAUGAAGAUGGCUACAGUUCAAUCAGCAGAAAAUCUCAUUGAAAAGCUGCGAAAUGCAUCUUGGGAUCCUGCAGUUCAAGACAUGGAAGACAUUAGAAAAUUUGCCGCAGAGAAAGGUGCUGUAGAAGCUAAUGAUUUAAGUCACUGGGACAUUGGUUUCUGGAGUGAAAGACUUCGUGAAUCAAAAUUUGACAUAAAUGAGGAGGAGUUGCGGCCUUAUUUUUCACUACCUAAGGUCAUGGACGGUCUUUUCAAUCUUGCAAAUAAACUUUUUGAAAUCAACAUUGAACCAGCUGAUGGUUUGGCCCCGGUUUGGCAUUCUGAUGUGAAAUUCUAUUGUGUUAAAGAUGCUUCAGGCAAUCCAAUUGCGCACUUCUAUUUUGAUCCCUAUUCCCGGCCUUCUGAAAAACGAGGAGGAGCUUGGAUGGAUGAGGUGUUUGCUCGUAGUCGAGUGCUUGCACGUGAUGGCAACUUGGUUAGGUUGCCCACUGCCCACAUGGUGUGCAAUCAAACACCACCAGUGGGAGGAAAACCUAGCCUUAUGACUUUCCGUGAGGUCGAGACCGUGUUUCAUGAAUUUGGUCAUGCACUACAACAUAUGUUAACCAAACAAGAUGAAGGGCUUGUUGCUGGAAUUAGGGGAAUAGAAUGGGAUGCUGUAGAACUUCCCUCGCAAUUCAUGGAAAACUGGUGUUACCAGAGAGAUACUCUACUGAGCAUAGCAAAACAUUAUGAAACUGGAGAAUCUCUUCCUGAAGAAGUUUAUCAAAAACUUCUUGCUGCAAAAACGUUUCGUGCUGGCUCAUUGAGUCUUCGACAGAUACGAUUUGCUAGCAUGGACUUGGAACUGCAUACAAAAUAUAUUCCUGGCGGGCCUGAAUCUAUCUAUGAUGUUGAUCAAAGAGUAGGAAAGAGAACACAAGUUAUUCCUCCCUUGUUAGAAGACAGAUUUCUUUGCAGUUUCAGCCAUAUAUUUGGAGGUGGAUAUGCAGCUGGAUAUUACAGUUACAAGUGGGCAGAGGUGCUUUCAGCAGACGCUUUUUCGGCAUUUGAGGAUGCUGGGUUGGACAACGAAAAGGCUAUCAAGGAAACUGGUCGGAGGUUCCGAGAAACCAUUCUCGCUCUUGGAGGUGGGAAACCACCACUUGAGGUUUUCAUUGAAUUUCGCGGACGAGAACCUUCACCUGAAGCCCUACUUAGACAUAAUGGGUUGUUGCCAGUUGCCGCUUAAGGUUUAAUCGAUUUCUCAGUUCUACCGCACAAAUAUGUAGUGAAGAGUCCAUUAUCUGCUUGCGGUUUCUGGGACGUCAGAAAAUAAUAUAAAACUGUCCCAAAUGAAAAUCUUAGUAACCCAAAUGGAAAUCAGAGAACUUUUCUCAUUAGAUUAUGACCGCAAAGAUCCCUAUAUUGAAGAACUCGCAAAUUAAAAGAGUGACAUCAACAAGGAAAAAAGAUUCAUCUGAAAGAAUAUUUUUAAUAAGUCACAUAGAAUACUAAUAUUUGCAGACGAGGCAAUAAUUCACUGCUUUUUAAAC